UGAAUUCCUCUUGAUUGAGUCGCAAGGAAUCGGUCCGUCAUCAAUACCGCGAUGGUACAUGCCCAAUCUCUGGUUUUCUGCGCAUGAAAAACAAAAACAGAGGCGGAAAAGAAGAUUAUCCCCAACGAUACUUUUUCCUGAUUUCGUGUUAGGAGUAGGAUCUCUUUUCAAAUACUACAUACAACACCGAAGAUCUGUCUCGGAUCACCCACUGCUACAGCACAGAAACUGAUAUUCCUACCUUGCAUGAUAGGAGAAAGCAUCUUCUCAAAAUUAUCUACUACGUUUUUUUCUAGUACUGAAGUUUGAAAACCCAAAAAGCUACCAGAACAAAUCUCAUCUGUUAAUACAACAGACACAUCGUCUACCCCACUGAAGAAUUUCUUUCGAAAAAUAAACCACAAAAAGGACUGCAACUUCCGCCCCGUGUAACUAAACAAAAAACAGCUUUCCAGCAAGACAGCACAGGAAAGUAUGGUGCUGCACGACAAGACGCACUGGAUCGAGGAUAAGCCCUGGUUCAAGCGCAAGGAACGGAACUCGCAAGACGUCAAAUCGAGUCGGCGCGCACCGCCGAAGAAAGAUGGGCACGGCGGAGGCCACACCUGGUACGGCUAUUUUUCUGAACUGAUACGUUUUCAAGACAGUGUUUUUCAAGUAGAAUUUGAAUUUGCACUGUACUUGUUACUCUGUCGCAGCCACGCAGUAGUUGUAAGUAGGUAGCAAGGAAUGGCGCUUUUAUUCCCUACAGGUCUGGUCCGGAGGAAGAUGCUAUUCCGGAAGGAUUCUUGCCGCACGCGGCGGAUCAGCAGCUGGAAAGCAGCAUCGUGAAGGAGCUCAGCAGUGGGACAUCCAGCACGCAAUCCUCGCGGAAAGGUACUGCACUGCGUGCGUUUAUUUUCAUAUCAAAACGAUGGGAAAUUUGAAUUUCAGGGCUUUUAUACCCGUGGAAAAAAAAAUGUGUUCCAAUAAACUAUGCACAGGUUCGUUCGAGAUGGAUGAUUUUCAUUUCGAUCUGAACGAUUUCCCCGCGCUGGGUCGUACUGUCCCGAAAUCUCCGAGUCGGCGCAAAGCGGAGGACACCUGGGCGACAAACGUGAUGAAAGACAUGGAUCUGAAGAUCUAAACAAUUUGUCAUGUAAAGAGUAAGUACAUGUUUAUCUUUAUGUUUAUGUUUUUUCACUACAUUGCAUCAACAAGCCUCUGUAUUUCGACCAUGUUUUUGUUGUGAAAACUUUGCAAACGACUUUCUAAACCGAUAAUAAAUUGUCACAAGCUGAGACCGCGUACCUUCCUACAGCUCUUUGUGCAGCGACAGAAAUGAAAAAGAUGACAGCAUCGAAGUUUCGAACCAUGAAGGCAUCGAUCCUUGCACCAAACUGUUACUUGAAGCAGACCUGGAAGUGGUACUCUAGAGCUGUCGUGUACCACUGCUGUCGUGGAAAGCACACACGAAGAAGAUGACACAUAAGAGUAUGCGAUUGGUCGAAGAACGAAGAACAUUUGAUCAGAAUAUUGUAUCACCCUCUCAUGCCAAAGCAAAGCAGCUCCUGCGCGCUUUGGUUCUUCGAAAUGUUACCCACUACAUCACUGAGUUACAUUUACACUCUCUGACUUAGUGUUAGUUUUGGCCCUUUUGGAACUGAAUUUUUAAGAAAAUCCGCAAUAGCCUAGAGGAUUCAGGUGGACUGAGGAGUAGUACUCCAGCAUCGCUGGAGCUUUGCAACGAAUGCAAGUCCACCCAGAUGAGUCAAAGGUGAAAGGAUCAGAAAUUAGCCCGAAUCGUGUGUCCGUUACGGUUGACUAAUAUUCAUGCUUAGCGAACCAGGUACGGUGGAGUCUUCGCCUCUAAUGAGUUUUGGAGAGUUGCAGUCACACAUGCCUCGAAAGUUGAAGCUGAAACGCCGGUCGCGUAACAGUUUGGCGAGAUGAAAUUUUGAAGCUUCAAUCACUGAAGCAGAUGAUCUCUUGAUCAGAAUUUAUCGAAUAUAUAGCUUAAUGUCUGACUGUAGGCGUAGUAAGCGCCCGGAAGUGGCACUGCUAAUAUCAGAUGAAA